AUGGCGGCAACAGGCUCGGCCGGAAUGGCCGGACUCGGACUGGCGGCGGUGCGGAAGCAGCUGAGCCAGACGCUCGAGGUGACGGCGCUGCGGCUGCCGGUCCGGCUGUGCAACAAGUUCCGGAUGGCGCUGGCGGAUUACUCGCUUGUCUUGCCGCGGACAAGAGUCAUUAUCGACGACGAUCAGAGCGUGACCGGGCGGAGGUUCCCUAGCCCGCAGCCUGGCGAAGACGACAGCGACGAGUCGGCAGCGGGCAAGACCAAGCUCUUGCUGUUGGCGCCCGAGAUCGAUCUGACGCUGGCGCAGCUUCCCGAGGCCGCACGGGCGCUGGUGGCUGAGCACAAGCUUGAGCGGGUGCCGUGGAAGGUGGUCAAGGGCUACGAGCUGAUGACGGUCCAAGAGGUGCUCGACCAAGUUCUGCCCGAGGGCCUGGUUCGGCAGUCAGCCUUCUCGACCAUCGGCCACAUUGCCCACAUGAACCUCCGCACCGAGGUUCUCCCGUACAAGAAGCUUAUCGGCGAUGUCAUUCUCGACAAGAACACGCACCUGCGUACGGUGGUGAACAAGGUCGACACCAUCGACAACACCUACCGCAACUUUGCCAUGGAGGUCAUCGCUGGUGAGCCCAACACGGUGGCCACCGUCCGCGAGUCCGGCUGCACCUUUACCUUUGACUUUGCCAAGGUCUAUUGGAACUCGCGGCUGGCGACCGAGCACGAGCGGCUGGUCUCGGUCUUCAGCCCGUCAGACGUCAUCGCCGACAUGUUUGCCGGCGUCGGCCCGUUUGCCCUCCCGGCCGCCAAGAUGGGCGCCACCGUGUACGCCAACGAUCUCAACCCGGCGUCUGCCGAGGCGCUCGCCGCCAACGCCAAGGCCAACCACGUCGACAAGAAGAUCCACGUCUCCAACGCGGACGGCCGCGACUUUAUCCGCGAUCUCAUUGCCCGUCGCGUCCCUUUUACCCAGGUCGCUAUGAACCUUCCGGCCAUCGCCCCUGAGUUCCUCGACGUCUUCAUCCACGCCUUUCCGCGUGACGCCUACCCGGUCCUCCCGCGGGUCCACUGCUACUGCUUCUCCACCGCCGCAGACACUUCGGCUGACGUCCUCGCCCGUGUCACCGGCGUCCUCACCUCUGCUCCGCUCGACUACUCGAUCUCGGUUGUCCGCUCCGUUGCUCCGCACAAGGACAUGAUGCGCAUUUCCUUCUCGCUCCCGCCCGACACCGUGUACGCGCCUGCCAUCGCCGACACCUCUGCCACCCGCAAGCGCCCUGCUGCCGACCUUGAUGACGAAGCUGCUGGCGAGUCGUCGCCGGCCAAGAAGGCCAAGGGUCUUGGCGGUGCCGAUGCUUGAACGCAAAGUAAAUAUACAGCUCAUCGA